AUGAGAAUAAUUCCGGUCAAGAAAAUCUCCGGUUUCAGUCACACAGAAACUGUGACGACGCAACCUCGCACUGCUACACCCAAUGAACAUUUCCGUGUCGAUGUUUCCGUCCGUGUCUUUGAAUCAGAACAUCACUCGCAGCACUAUACCUCGGGUGUUCACACUACACCACCCCUGCAACACCCGCCAGUGACUUCGCAGCAAUAUACUCUAGAUGUUCACCCUACUCCGCCUUUGCAACACCCCCCAGCGCCUCCACAACCUACCCUAGAUGUUCACCCUACUCUGCCUUUGCAACACCCCCCCGCGCCUCCACAGCCUCCUGUGCGAGAUCAGCCUUAUACAAAUUGGCCAAUCCCUUCUCAGGUCAGCAAUUCAACUACGCGCAUGAUUGACGAGCCACCUAGACAAAACCUUCAAAAGCCACCUGCUACUAGUAUUGACUCGACUGAUCCAACUGCACGCACCUCUGCUGUACACCAACCCCAGGCACCUACUGGUGGUGAUAUCGAAUGGGACGUCUGGCCUGAUGGCCACAUCACACGAAUUUACUCAUGUGAAGAUGCCAAACGACCUGAGGUCAAUGAUUUCCAUGUCCACUGGGCUUGCGAGGGUCUAGAGUGGCAGGAAGGUGUGUGCACUCGUCGACACUGCAAUGGUGUCAUUGUAUGUGCCAACCAUGAAUCCAAGGGUGGAUCGUGUGCUAUUGUUGUCCGUCCUACUACGACCAAGAAACUCAUUGCCAAACAGCUCAAGGCAUCAUGCUCUUGUGGUGCCAUGCUUGUCCAUAAUAAUUGCGGUAUAAUUUAUGAUCUUUUCAAAUUUUCAGAGGUCAUCAAGGAGCACCCCCGCAUGGGUGCAACACAGCUUGUGAUGGGCCGCCCGGGCAUCAAUGGACCGCAGGAGUCGGUUGCAACCAUCUCUCCGUUGCUUCUGAAUACGGCCAGGGUGAACCACGAGAGAAAAAAGGUGUUCACUAAGAGGCAAGGCAAGGAUAUUAUUGCAGAUUUUACAGAGUUCCAACACCAGCAUCCGGAUUUCGUGAUUUACCACACCUUCGAGCCAGUCGCUGUUGUCAUCACACAGUUGCCCAUCAUGUUGUCGUUUCUUGUCAAAAAUCACAGUAAUGGUAUCAUAUCUGAUGCUGCCCAUGGAUUUUGGGCUGAGCGCAAUGAUCUCUUGAUUAUCAGCUCCGUCUUCAGUGAUGCUCUCCAAUGCUGGGUGCCAGAGUAUGAACGGCAAAACAUAAUCCUCACUGAUGAUCUUUUUGCCAAUGUCAUUGAUUUCAGCCAGGCAGAGCGAGCAGGCUUCAUCAACGCAUAUGUAGAAUUCUGGAUGGCUCGCGAAGACAAUACUCGACCACCUGAAGAACUUGCCGAAGCUGCUGGGAGUCUAUUGAAGGGCUGCCGCCAACAUUUUCAUGCACAGGUCACCCGCAUCAAAAAAAUCAGUGGUGUUGUUCCUCCUGCCCUGACAGAAGUGUUUGCAAACCGCGUCCUUCAACUCCUGCAGUGCCAAGACCUUGCGACAUUCAAAUCUAUUUCAGCUUCUCUUAUUCGCGACUAUCCCAAGGCUGAGGGCUGGUUGAACUGGUGGAUGGCAGAUGGGCGCGCUGAAAUGCUCUUCACUCCCUUUCGACGUAUGCCAGACAACCUCUGGUACAAUCUUGAGGAGGCCAUGCAUUGGCGAAUAUAUUGCAGCCUUGGGAAAUUUCAUGGCUUUGUGGCUGGAUUACGUGCAUUGCAGGCAUUUUCUGAGUAUUGGCAGCUGCAAUCAGCUGGUAAUUCUUCUGGUAUUCCUCUUUUCUAUGGCAAUUCACGUCAGUUCUGGAAGAAAUGGAAAGAUGAGCUUGGUAUGACACAUCCUUCGCGUGCACCAGAGAAGAUUGCGGCCAAAAAACGAGCUCGGAGUGAUGGUCGCCCCCCUGAUACAGCUCGUCAACUACUUGGCAAUUGUUUUACUGAUGGAGAGACCUCCCACGAUGCAUCAGUAUCUCCAACCAAACGGCCUCGCCUAAAUGACAUCAAACGAGCAUCCUAUAAGUGGUCGAAUAACUUGUGCUGGCUUGACACUUUACUUGAACUGCUUUUCAUCGCUGUCUCACGAGACUUUGAGAUGGGAAGCGAGUGCAGCAAGGUUCUAGGAGUAGGCGCUGAAGGCGCUACUGGUCAGCCAAUGCGAAGCGCGAGAAAGCGCGCAGGUGCGCGCGAGGCGCGGGAAAGCGAAGGUGGUAAGUGGCGCUGUCACGCGGAGCCGAAGCGCUACCGAGUAAGGGAGAUGGAAAUACACGCACUAGAGAGCUUGGUGGACAGUGGAUGGAUGCUUCCGGAAAGCUGGCGCUAUAGGGCGACCAAGCGCGGGAAAGCGCGCGCACGUAUACAUCAUAAAGCGCGGGAAUGGAUCACUGCUCAACUAUCCACACAACAGCACCACAAAAUUCAUGCACGGGUACUUCCAUCUUCAUAUGAUCGAUAUCCACACUGGCAAACGGUGUGCAAGACCAGGGCUGUCUUUCAUCUCCAGUUGCAAAGAUCUGCUGCGGAGCAAUUCAAUGGUGAUUCAAGAAGCCACCAGCAAAAACACCUUCCUGCUGAUACUCAAGGACACGAUAACAAUGGCUUAUCAUGGCACUUUCCACAGACUAUUCGACCACUAGAUGGAAAGGCAGAGGAACGUCAAGGGGUUGUAUAUGAUAUCAUUGGUAGGGCAUUUUUCAGUCCUGCCUCCCAUCAUUUCAUAGCUCAUUAUAUCACUCCCGACAAGCACAUCUACGACUACGAUGGGAUGAAGUUGGGUGGUCAUGCGACAGUGGAUAGGAAGGCCAAAAUAAACACCCAUGUCGCAGGUACACACCGCCUGAUAUCCCCACCCCCUUGA